AUGUCGGACGAGGUUGUAGCUCUUGUGGUUGACAAUGGCAGCGGCAUGUGCAAGGCAGGGUUCUCUGGCGACGACGCUCCCCGAACAGUCUUUCCUUCCAUCAUCGGGCGCCCGAAGAUGCCGGGCAUCAUGGUCGGCAUGGACCAGAAAGACCACCUCGUCGGAGAUGAGGCGCAGGCUAAGCGUGGUGUCCUGGCCCUCAAGUACCCUAUCGAGCACGGCAUCGUGACGAACUGGGACGACAUGGAGCGAAUAUGGCACCACACUUUCUACAACGAGCUGCGUGCAUCGCCUGAAGAACAUCCGGUUCUGCUGACAGAGGCGCCGCUGAACCCAAAGGCCAAUCGUGAGCGCAUGACUCAGAUCAUGUUUGAGACGUUUGGAGUGCCGGCGAUGUAUGUCGCCAUCCAGGCAGUGCUCUCUCUGUAUUCCUCCGGCAGAACCACGGGCAUUGUCAUGGAUUCGGGAGACGGCGUCUCUCACACCGUGCCUAUCUACGAGGGAUAUGCGCUUCCACAUGCAAUCGCACGCCUGGACCUAGCUGGCCGCGACCUUACCGAAUACUUGAUGAAGAUCAUGAUGGAGAGUGGCUACUCCUUUAGCAGCAGCGCCGAGCGAGAGAUUGUGCGGGACAUCAAAGAGAAGCUUUGCUACAUCGCCCUGGACUUUGACAGCGAGAUGAAGUCUGCAGCGGAGAGUAGCGACAACGCGAAGACGUAUGAGUUGCCAGAUGGCAACAUCGUCUCCUUGCAAAGCGAGCGGUUCCGCUGCCCGGAGGUGCUGUUCCAGCCCAGCUUGGUGGGCAAGGAGGCGAUGGGAAUCCACGACACCACCUUCCGGUCCAUCAUGGGUUGCGAUGUGGACAUCCGGCCACCCUUUCUCAAGUGGCUGGUGCUGCAGGAGGCGGUCAUCAACCGCAUCGCGGCGGGUGAAGUCGUCGUCCGGCCGGCGAAUGCCUUGAAGGAGUUGAUGGAAAACUCGCUUGACGCAGGUAGCACUCGAGUCGCCAUCGUGGCGAAGUCUGGUGGCCUGAAGAUGCUGCGCAUCGAAGAUGACGGUCAUGGGAUCCGGGCGGAUGACCUGCCGAUCCUCUGUGAGCGCUUUACCACCUCUAAGCUGCGGAAGUACGAGGACCUCAGUAGCAUCGGCACCUUCGGCUUCCGGGGCGAAGCAUUGGCUUCAAUCAGUCAUGUGGCCCACGUGACCGUCACCACCAUGACUAGCGGCGACGACUGUGCACGAGUGGCUCAGUACAGUGAGAGCAAGAUGCAAGGCCCAGCGAGGCCAUGUGCAGGAACUCGAGGAACGACCAUUGUUGUUGAGGACAUGUUCUACAACAACCCAACUCGGAGACAGGCCCUCAGCAAGGAGAGCAUCGAACAUGCGAAGGUGCUGGAGGUUGUGCAGCGCUACGCGAUCCACUACCCCAAAGUCGGGUUUAGUUGUCGGAAGAACACGAGUUCGGUCUCCGAGCUGACGACUGUAGGAGGUGAGGAUGUCACGGCCCAAGGCGUGAUCUCCACCAUUUAUGGCCAGAACCUGGCGAAGGAGCUCUUCCCUUAUUCUCUGGCCUCCGAAGAGCCCAAGUUCUCUUGCACCGGCUUUGCAUCGAGCCCGAACUACAUGUCUCGAUCUCUGACCUUCAUCCUUUUCAUCAACAACAGGCUGGUGGACUCCGGGCCCCUGAAAAGAGCCCUGGAGGCCGUCUACCAGAGUGUGCUGCCCCGACAUCAGCACCCCUGGGUCUACCUGGCCCUCGAAGUGAACCCGGCGGCCAUCGACGUGAACGUCCAUCCGACGAAGAUGGAGGUGCAGUUCCUUCAUGAGGAGACGAUUGCGCAGAAGCUGCAAGAGACGCUGCUCGCGCAGCUGCAGACCAUGGGAGGCUCCAGGACCUUCGUGUCUGCCCUGCCAUCGCCAGGCAAAGGAGCUCCAAUCGCAGAGAAGGAGGAGAAGCAGAAGGUUCCACAGCCUCUGCAGCUUUUACACCUCGCCCCACCUGCGGCGACCAGGGCCAGCGCUGGCCUGGACAAGACGGGGCCUGCGGUGCUGAACCCCACUCGGGUUCGGACGGACCACCGGCAGAUGUCCUUGCAGUCCAUGUUCCUGGAAUCCCACUCCCAGGCGGCUCAGGCAACGCAGGCGUCUCAGACAGCACAGGCAUCGCAAGUAGUGGUCGAUGCCUCAGCUCCAAGCAGUGCUCCGAGCCAACCGCUGGUCCAAAGUGGGCAGAUGUCUGGGCAGAUGUCCGAAGAGCGCCGCGCAGCCUUUGCGGAGGCUCAGCAGCUGACAUCCAUUGAAGAGCUGCGCAUCUCCGCGGCCGUGGCUGGCGACGCCGAGCUUUCUGAGUUGGUGAACAAAUCUGUGUAUGUUGGACCCGUGACACGGGAGCUCGUGCUUCUCCAGUGCGAGAAGUCUCUCUGCAUGGUGAACAUAGCGAUCCUUGCGCGGGAGUGUGCCUACCAGCGAGUACUCAGGCUAAUUGGCGGCGUGGGUUGCAUCACUCUGGCGGAGCCCCUGCCUCUAGCUGAGCUCCUGAAGUUGGGUAUUCAGGACCCAGACUCGGGCUAUGAUCCCCAACUCCAUGCAUCCGUCGACAUCGAGGCCAUGGCAACCCGCUUCGUCACCUUGCUUCUUGAGAAGGCCGAGCUGCUCAACGCAUAUUUCAUGCUGGAGAUCGAGGUUUCGGGCAAACGCCUGAAGACGCUGCCGAAUGGCCUGGGUCUGAAAUCCGACAUGGGAUGCAACUUUGAGACGCUGCCCCUCUUUCUUGUCCGGCUCUGUGCCGAAGUGGACUGGGAGGAAGAGAAGCCUUGCCUUGAAGGCAUCUGUCAGGUGAUCGCCGAUUUCAGCGCGGAGCUGCUGCUGCCCAGCGAAGCUGAAGCUGACAUCUACCAGCGGGGCCGGGCCGCCGUGGAGGAGCUGAAUGCCGCCGUCCAGUCCGGUGAGUUUGACGACAUCGUCGCAGCUUCUGCGGCGAAGAGGCAACGCACCACAGAGGAGCUGCAGGGCCUCCGCUGGCUGCAUGAAGCCUUGCGCCGGGAUGGGGAGUGCCAAUGGCCCCGGGAGCUGGCGACAGAUGGUACCUUCCUGGAGUUGGCCUCUCUGGAUCAGCUCUACAAGAUCUUCGAACGAUGCUGA